UGUGGUGAGACACCAAAUGAACUCAACUUCCUCUUUCAACAACAUAUUUUUCAGUUAUCAGCAGGAUCUGUGCCACCCAGAGUCAGGCUUUUUCACCCUCAGCUCCCUGCAAAGAAACAAGAGUGCUAAUCCUGACAAAGCUCCAGGGGAUUAUAACUCUACGGCUUACCUUGAUGAGUAUACUGAAAUAUUCAAGAUGGUUAGCAACGGUACCAGCAAUGCUGAGACUGACUGCAAUGCUACUGAUGUGACAUUUCAGAACUCCCUCUAUGCAGCCACCUACAUCCUCAUAUUCAUCCCUGGUCUUCUGGCCAACAGUGCAGCCUUGUGGGUUCUGUGCCGCUUUAUCAGCAAGAAAAAUAAAGCCAUCAUUUUCAUGAUCAACCUCUCUGUGGCUGACCUUGCUCACGUGCUGUCAUUACCCCUCCGGAUUUACUAUUACAUCAGCCACCACUGGCCUUUCCAGAAGGCCCUUUGCCUGCUGUGCUUCUACCUGAAGUAUCUCAACAUGUAUGCCAGCAUUUGUUUCCUGACGUGCAUCAGCCUACAGAGAUGUUUCUUUCUCCUCAAGCCCUUUAGGGCCAGAGACUGGAAGCGUAGGUAUGAUGUGGGCAUCAGUGCUGCCAUCUGGAUCAUCGUGGGAACUGCCUGCUUGCCAUUUCCCUUUCUGAGAAGCACCUACUUAGCCAACAACACUGAGUCCUGUUUUGCUGAUCUUGGUUAUAAGAAAAUGAAUGCAGUGGCUUUGGUUGGAAUGAUUACAGUUGCUGAGCUGGCAGGAUUUGUGGUCCCAGUAGUAAUCAUCGCAUGGUGUACUUGGAAAACUACUAUAUCCUUGAGACAGCCACCAAUGGCUUUCCAAGGAAUCAGUGAGCGGCAGAAAGCACUGCGGAUGGUUUUUAUGUGUGCUGCAGUCUUUUUCAUCUGCUUCACUCCUUAUCAUAUCAACUUCAUUUUUUACACUAUGGUGAAGGAAACCAUCAUUAGUAGUUGUCCCAUUGUCCAAAGCACACUGUAUUUCCACCCUUUUUGUCUAUGCCUUGCAAGUCUCUGCUGUCUUUUGGAUCCAAUUCUCUAUUAUUUCAUGGCCUCAGAGUUUCGUGACCAACUAUCUCGCCAUGGAAGCUCUGUGACCCGUUCCCGCCUUAUGAGCAGGGAGAGUGGUUCAUCAAUGAUUAGCUAAAAAUAAAAUAACUCUUCAAUUAUGACUUUAACUAUGUUUCCUAGCUUUUCCCAAAGACCAGAAUGACCAGCCAGACAAUUGGUUUAAUGGAAGUUUUGGAACAAUGGAAAUCUUGUGUGAUAGUUGUGGUCACAGGGAUGUAAUGGGGGUGACAGUGUAUAAGAAAUGUGGGAGAGGUAGGGAAGAUAGAAUUUGCCUGUUUCCUCUUUGAAAUUCAGGAUACUUUCUUAAGAAACUUAGCUCAAGUUUUGACAGAUGUUUUCAAGCAAAUGAAAAUUGGAUUAUUUUAUCUUAAAAAUUUCUUUAGAAAAUAUAUUGUUAAUAUGAUACAAUA